AUGCCAAUUUCAAAAUGGCAGCGUCGAGUGAAGGUGCGCUUCCCAACUCGAGCAAGAAAGCUCGCGUGUUUGACUUAAACGCCAUUUUCGAGGAAGCUAGGAAAACGGCAAUAAGUAGGAGCAAAGAUGCAAAACUCACCGAAGACCCGAAACCGUGCACCAGCCAGCCUGAAAGUAAUGCCGAAGCUCCAAGGGAGAAGGAUCCUGCGCCGGACGGCGAACCGAGUGAUGAAGGCAGCGGAGACGAACUGGUGGGACCUCCGAUUUCGCUGUCAGCUCAGACUAAAGACGACAGAUUUGACUCAGAGGACGAUGAUGAGGAGGAAUGUGAGAGUACUGCUGCAUAUCGGCCUAUUCCGGUGAAAGAGGACAUUACGUUGCGGCACGGCACAAAGAUUGUGUCAGCGUUGGCUCUGGAUCCUAAUGGAGCACGUCUUGUAACUGGCGGGUAUGACUUUGAUAUCACUCUGUUCGAUUUCGCCGGCAUGGAUUCGUCCCUGCAGCCGUUCCGCUCGCUCCGCCCUUGCGAGUGUCACCAGAUCCGAAAUUUAGAAUACAGCUGCACGGGCGACUCGUUCCUCGUGGUGUCCGGAAACGCCCAGGCGAAAGUGCUGGAUCGGGACGGAUUCGAGGUGAUGGAGUGCGUUAAGGGAGACCAGUAUAUAACUGACAUGGCUCGAACCAAAGGUCAUGUGGCUAUGCUGAAUUACGGUUGCUGGCAUCCGCGCAGCCGCGAGGACUUCCUCACUUGUGCCAACGACGGCACACUGCGGUUGUGGAAUGUGGACAAACCCAACUGCCACAAGGCGUUGGUCAAGACUAAGCAACAAGGCGGUCUCCGAGCAAUACCGUCUACGUGCCGCUUCAGCAGGGACGGCCAACUAAUGGUCGCUGGCUGCCAGGAUGGCUCGCUCCAGUUUUGGGACCAGCGACGCACCUUAGUGCACCCGAGUCACACGGUACGCGAGGCUCACCGGCGGAGCAUUGACGUGACUUGCGUAGCAUUUGCCCAGGAUGGCCGCCAGCUUGCCACGCGAUCCUGCGACGACACGAUGAAGCUGUGGGACCUUCGCGCAUUGCGGCCGUCGGCUUUGCACACGUUUGCAGACCUCGACAACUUGUACCCUGCCACGGACUGCGGCUUCAGCCCAGAUGAUCGGCUCAUCUACACAGCCACAUCGAAGAGCUCUGGCGACGGUCAGCUAGUGUUUUUUGAGCGCGAUACAUUGCAGGAAGUGAUGCGACUUCGACUGCCAUCGCCAGUGGCCAGAGUCAUCUGGCACGCCCGGCUUAAUCAACUUUUGGCUGGGCUGGCAUGCGGUGAAGUGCGCCUUCUGUACGAUACAGCGUACAGCCACCAUGGCGCACUGUUAUGUGUGGCCAAGGCUUCUCGGGCCAAACCUUCACCGCAGGGGCUCACCCAAGCGCAAGUGCUGACACCGCAUGCGCUGCCACUGUUCCGAGAAGAGCGGCCACGAAGUACGCGCAAGCGGUUGGAGAAGGCGCGAAAGGACCCCGUGUUGUCUCAAAGGCCUGAUCUUCCUGUGACAGGCCCUGGCCAAGGAGGCCGCAUUGCUUCAGCAGGAAACACACUCUCUUCCUAUAUUGUGCGCAACCUGGGUACCACGAAGCGUGUUGAUGACAAUGUGGACCCACGUGAGGCUAUUUUGAAGUAUGCCAAAGAAGCAGCUGAAAACCCUUACUGGGUGACACCUGCUUAUGCUGCAACACAGCCCAAGCCAGUCUUCCAAGAGAAUGACGAACCAACACCUGCCAAAAAGACAAAGCAAGUGUAGUUCCUUCCGACCCUUAACAGUGUGC